CGAUAACUGUAGAAGUCCCAUCGCCAACGCAGCGCUAUGUAAAUUACUACUUUUUAUUAUAGUUUUAUUUCCCUAAAUAAAUGCAAAAUGGACAUCUGCCGCCUGUGUUUGCGCGGAGUAAGCGGAGCCCAGAUGUGUCUGCAGAUCUUCGAUGCGGGCGCGGCGGAUAACAAGGUCGCAGAGGUGCUGCGACAGCAUUUCUGGUUCGAGGUGCUGCCCAAUGACGAGAUAUCGAAGGUCAUCUGCAACGUCUGCUGGACGCAGGUGUCCGAGUUCCACCAGUUCUACGUGUCCAUACAGGAGGCGCAGGUCAUUUAUGCCACCACCUCCAAGUUCAAGCAGGAUCCGGAGAUGGUGAACACCUGGCCGGAGGAGGUGCUGAUGCCGGCCGAUGUCCUGGCCGUGGACAACGAUGUUAGUGCCCAGUUGAACGUGAAUCCACUGGAUGAGCUAGAUCUCGGGCAGAGCCUGUCCCCGGAAGACAGCAAGGUGGACAUUAAGACCGAGCGAGAGACUCCCGAAUUGGAUUUCGGGGCCGACGAUACAAACAAUGAUGAUCGGGACGAGGACUAUGAGGAUGACGACGACGAUGGGGAUGAUGGCGAGGACCUGAUUGUAACCAGAAGUGGUCGCAAACGCAAGCGGGAAGUGGCCAAACCAGCCAAGACGAAACGGACAGGAGUGGCAGGCAGGAAGGUCAAGGAUAAAACUGUAGCCAAGCGCGGGCCAGCCAAGAGAAUAUUUAAGAUGGAACGUCUGCCGCCGUUCUGUAAGGAGGACGAAGAACUAAUCAAGCGGUACAUAGUCAUGGGGUGCGAGCUGUGCAUUUUUCUGGCCGAGGACUUCGAUGGCAUCCGCGAACACUUCAAGGAAAAACAUCCUGACGAACGACCGUACAUCAAAUGCUGCGGGCGCAAGCUUAACAAGCGCUGUCUUAUCCAGGAGCAUGCGAGGAGGCAUGAAAACCCAGAGUACAUCAAAUGCAAGGACUGUGGCAAGGUGUUUGCCAAUUCGAGUGUUCUGCGCGCCCACUGGCUGGUCCACCACGUGCCCGACGAGGAGUGCGACUUCCAGUGCGAGGACUGUGGCAAGCGCUUCUCGCGACGCAAUCUGCUCGAGCUGCACAAGGGCUCCCAUGUGCCGGUGAACGAGCGGAAGUUCAUCUGCCCCCAGUGUCCUAAACACAAUGCUUUCGCCACGGAGUAUCACAUGCAGGUCCACAUCAGUAUGCAGCACCGCAAGGCGGCUAACAUCUGCCAUGUCUGCGGCAAGACGAUCAAAGAUAAGGCAGUUUUCGAAAAGCAUGUUCGUUUGCACUUCGAGGAGAGCGGGCCGCGCAUCAAGUGCCCGCGACCGGACUGCGAGAGCUGGCUUAAGGACGAGGACAACCUCAAGCAGCAUUUGAGGCGCCACAACGACGAGGGCAAACUGUUCAUUUGCGCCGAGUGUGGCAAGAGCUGUAAGAACUCCCGGGCGCUGAUUGGCCAUAAGCGCUACUCUCAUUCGAAUGUGAUCUAUACCUGCGAACAGUGCGGCAAGACAUUCAAAAAGGAUAUCAGCCUUAAGGAGCACAUGGCACAGCACACUGGCGAACCCCUGUACAAGUGUCCCUUCUGUCCGCGAACAUUCAACUCCAACGCGAACAUGCACUCGCACAAGAAAAAAAUGCACCCGGUUGAGUGGGAUAUAUGGCGCAAGACGAAGACUGGUAGCUCCCAAAAGAUCCUGCCCAGUGCCCAAGUGGCUCAAAUGUUCAGGGACGAUACCGAUGCCACAGCUAUUGCCAAUGACUAUUCAGCUUAGGCCUAGGAACGCUUAAGGAUA